AUGCCCAGGGGUCGUCUCUCUGCCCUGAUGUCCUCUGCCGUGUCCCCGUCCUCCAAAACCGCGUCCGCUGGCCCCGGGAGCGCCGGUCCGAUGGGUCCCAAAGAGCUGGAGCUGAUCCUGGUGAAGGAGCAGAACGGGGUCCAGUUCACCACCUCCACGCUGGUCAGCCCGCCUCACACCAUCAAACACACCCAGACCGACCCGUCGGGCCAGGAGCGCGAGACCUGGGGCAAGAAGAUCGAUUUCCUGUUGUCUGUCAUCGGGUUUGCCGUGGACUUGGCCAACGUGUGGAGGUUCCCCUACCUCUGCUACAAGAAUGGAGGAGGGGCGUUUCUGGUGCCCUACUUGUUCUUCAUGGUGAUCGCUGGGAUGCCUCUCUUCUACAUGGAGCUGGCCCUGGGACAGUACAACCGAGAGGGAGCCGCAGGAGUCUGGAAGAUCUGCCCCAUAUUUAAAGGUGUGGGCUUCACGGUCAUCAUGAUCUCCCUCUAUGUUGGCUUCUACUACAAUGUGAUCAUUUCCUGGGCCCUGUUCUACCUAUUCUCGUCGUUCACGGGCGACCUGCCCUGGGUCCACUGCAACAACCCCUGGAACAGCCCCAACUGCUCCGACCUGUGGGCCAACAACUCGCUCAACGACAGCCAGAAGACCACGCCAGCCGCAGAGUACUUUGAGCGAGGGGUACUGCACCUGCAGGAGAGUGGUGGUAUACAUGACCUGGGUCGGCCCCGUUGGCAGCUCGUAUCCUGUCUGGCCGUGGUGAUUGUAGUCCUAUACUUCAGCCUCUGGAAGGGCGUCAAGACAUCAGGGAAGGUGGUGUGGAUCACUGCCACUAUGCCCUAUGUGGUCUUGACUGUGCUGCUGCUGAGAGGUGUCACCCUCCCUGGAGCCAUGGACGGCAUUAAAGCCUACCUCAGCGUGGACUUCAUGAGACUACGUGAGGCUCAGGUCUGGAUCGAGGCAGCUACUCAGAUCUGCUUCUCUUUGGGGGUCGGGUUUGGUGUGCUAAUCGCCUUCUCCAGCUACAACAAAUUCAGCAACAACUGUUACAGAGAUGCAAUUAUCACCAGCUCCAUAAAUUCCCUGACCAGUUUCUUCUCUGGUUUUGUCAUCUUCUCUUUCCUGGGCUACAUGUCGCACAAACACAACAUAGCACUUGACGAAGUGGCCACUGAUGGUCCAGGUCUAGUCUUCAUCAUUUACCCAGAGGCUAUUGCUACACUUUGGGGGUCUCCAGUGUGGGCUGUGAUCUUCUUCAUAAUGCUGGUCACUCUCGGCAUUGACAGCGCUAUGGGCGGUAUGGAGUCGGUGAUCACUGGCCUGAUAGAUGAGUUCAAGUGUCUUCACAAACACAGAGAGCUCUUCACACUCUUCAUCGUCAUCUCCACCUUCCUCAUCUCCCUGCUCUGUGUGACCAACGGGGGUAUCUAUGUUUUCACUUUGUUGGACCACUACGCUGCUGGUACCUCCAUCCUAUUUGGGGUGCUGAUUGAAGCUAUUGGCAUCUCCUGGUUCUACGGUGUGGAUCGCUUCAGCGAUGACAUCGAGGAGAUGAUCGGACAGAGGCCUGGGCUGUACUGGAGAAUGUGCUGGAAGUUUGUCAGUCCCUGUUUCCUGCUGUUCAUGGUGGUGGUGAGCUUUGCCACGUUCAACCCUCCUACGUACGACACCUUCGUGUUCCCGGCGUGGGCCAAUGUGGUGGGCUGGUGCCUGGCCAUCUCCUCCAUGACCAUGGUGCCCCUUUACGCCAUCUACAAGUUAUGCUCACUGCAAGGCAGCUUCUGCGAUAGACUGGCAUAUGCCAUCACCCCAGAAACAGAACAUCACUUGGUGGAACGUGGCGAAGUACGGCAGUAUACGCUCCAACACUGGCUUGUGGUUUGA